AGGAAUACUUAUUUAAUACUGUGCAAAGAUCAGCAUCCAUAUGAUACAGGCUGGAACUUUAGCAGACCGUCAUCAGUCAAUUGCAAGGUGACAGAGGCCACAUGUACAACUUGAAGGAGGUCACUGCAGAAUACAAGCGGAAUACUACUCCUCCUAAAUUCUCGCCUCUGUCUCGGCUCAACACCAUGAUCAUUGAUCAAAUCGCUACUAGUAAUCUGCUCGCGUGCAGGGGCCGAGUACGCUGAAAUAGGUGGCGACAUGUCACACCCGCAGAAACAUUUACCAGGCCUCAGUUAAAUACCACCUGUACAAUACAAAUGUCGCGUCUCUCAGUCUCACCUCCUUCUCUUCCAUUGCAUUAAUGAGCACCAUGGACAACAGGACUCAAAUAGCAACAGGUCCAAGUAAACGCAUUGCAAAUGCUGGCAAGCUCUACCACGGACGACGAGCUACUCUUUCCUUGGACGUCGUCGUCGUGGGAUGUGGGCUUGGUGGUCUCACUGCGGCAUACUGCCUCGCCCAGGCUGGCCAUAAAGUAACCAUCCUCGAGGCCGCUUCCACAAUUGGAGAGAUUGGUGCCGGUAUCCAGAUGGGCCCAAAUCUGACCCGCCUUCUUAUCCGCUGGGGUCUGGGCAAGCGCCUCGAGGAAGUCGCUGUCAAGCCCGAAGGAUUGGUCUUCAAGCGAUGGUGCACCGGUGAGACUGUUGCAUGGACAAUGUGGGGAGACACUAUGGAGGAGCAGUAUGGGGCCCCUUACUAUCACAUCCACCGUUCUGAUUUUCAUCGCAUGGUGCUUGAACUGGCGGAGCCUCAUUGUACCAUUCGCACCAAUUGCCGGGUUGUUUCCAUGGACACGUCAAAACCUACCCUCACUCUCGAAUCUGGCGAAGUCGUGCACGCUGAUUUAGUCAUCGGUGCUGACGGACUUAAAAGUGUUUUGCGCCAGUAUGUCGUAGGUGGUCCAGAUCGAGCGCGACCCACAGGGGACGCCGCGUACAGGGCCACUAUCCCGACAGAAAAGCUUCUUCAAGACCCGGACCUCCGGCCCCUGGCUGAAAAACCUGAAAUGGUCGGUUGGAUAGGUCCACGACGCCAUAUCAUGGGGUAUAACAUCCGCGGUAAAAAAGAGUAUAAUCUCGUGAUGGCACAUCCUGACGACGGCGGCGAGGAAUCAUGGACUGCCACGGGCAGCGCGGACAAAAUGAGGGCUGAGUUUGCUGGUUGGGAACCUCGCAUUCAGAAGCUCUUGGCCUUGAUCCCCUCCACGCUGAAAUGGAAACUAAUGGACCGCGACCCCCUUGAAACUUGGAUACACAAGGACGGGAAACUGGUUCUUUUGGGAGAUUCUUGCCACCCCAUGCUUCCAUAUCGUGCCCAAGGCUCCGCAAUGGCUGUCGAAGAUGCUGCUGUUUUGGGCAACCUUUUCUCUCACCUCGCGCACCGCUCUCAGAUUGUUCCCCUGCUUUACGCAUAUCAAUCCAUCCGCUAUGAUCGCGCAACCGCCACGCAGCUCUCGUCUCGUUUGAAUCAACACACAUUCCAUCUUCCCGAUGGCCCGCAGCAGGAGGAACGAGACAGGGAAAUGCGUACCGCGAUGGAAGACGCUCUACGUGUGGCGCGUGGUGAGAGGAGUACGUUGGCCUUGGCAGGUAAUGCGAACCAGUGGGCCGACAAGGCAAAGAACACAAUUCAGUUUGGCUAUGACGCUGACGAAGAAGCAGAGAAAUGGUGGCACCACCAUGGACAUGCUCUUACGGGUCCUCGUGCCAUGUUAUGAUUCUACUUGACACAUUCUUUUUUUACUACUAUAAUUCUUUGGGUAGUUGAGUUGGAAACUCUACAUCAGACGUUAAUAUAAAGACAGAGCUUAACAUGGAUGAGCUCGGAGGCCAGAGAUAAGAUCAUCCAUAUGCGAUACGGCGCAAGUACACGACCCUGC